AUGAAGGCUUCGGCGGCUUAUCUUCUCACCUUUGUCCUCGGCGCCGUCCAGGCCCAGAACUCCGUCCAAUGUGUCGACGGCCAUCGUGAGAUGAUAGGCCCCGACUACAUGGUCGAGUACAAGUGCGGUAUCGUCCGCCAGGGAGACGUCCACAACAACAUCGCCACCCAGCAGGAGUGUGCUGAGCUGUGCAAGAACGCCGGCCGCUCCGUCUGCACCUACCACCCUCCCACCCGACGAUGCGUCGUUGGUCAGGAGGGUGGCAAGGAGGUUCCUCGUCCUGGCUCCAUCUACAUGCAAAAGGUUGAAGAGGACGUCUACGAUCCUUUUACUGAGGAGCAGGACCCCUUUGGUAAUUCCGAGUGCGAUGAUGAGAAGGCUGCUUGCCUCCUCCGUGAGAGCAACCUCCAGGCUGAGCUCACCAAGGCCAACGCCGAGGCUGAGGAUUCCAAGGACCUCUUUGCUUCUAGCUGCCCCGUCCAGCACACCAAGUACACCACCGUCGGUGGCAGGGAGUACCGCAUCUGGUGCGCCCGCUACCAUGACACCUCUGCCCCCAAGGAGACUUAUAACAACGUCGACACCAUGGCCGCUUGCAUCAAGCUCUGCAGCUCCAAGAGCUGGUGCACCUACGCCCUCCACGGCAUUUUCCUUACCAAGUGCCAGCUCUACGAGCGCAAGGUUGCCCACACUACUACCCCCGGUCUUUCCAACCACAUGUGGAACUGCGCCGUCAAGAAGUAA